AGUUAUGGGCGCCUUGAUUGUUGAAUCGAGCAGGGUUUCGACUAGUGAAGAAAUUUUUUCCCGAGACGGCAAGAAAAAGAAGCGCCGGUCAAGGAAAUCGAAGUUUACUCUCUCAGCUUGUAGUUCUGUGAGUGAAAUUUGCACGGAUGCAUCAACCUCAUCCAAUUAUAUGGUGUCAAAUGGCCAUCAUCAUAUGCCACGUGAGUGUAAUCCGUGUGAAGAAACUAUAGAUGAAUAUACUCACAAUCAGCAAUCACCUCCUCACGAGGGUACUGCAUUUUCCAAUUCAGUUUCUGAACCAGCUCUCAGCUUUGUGGCUGUUGAACCUGUUGAGACUGUGUUAAUUGCACGGCCGAUCGAUUAUUCAUCUCGACGUACAUAUUUCCCUCCACAUCGAUCUAUGAAUUCUGUUAGUACAGCACUUGAGAAAGGUGAGCUGGUGAGAGCACUGUUUCGUGUCAAUGCACAUAACAGACUCGAGCCCUUAAAUGAUUGCUUAUUUUGUAGGCUUACUGCAUGCAAAAUUGAUGGAGUCCAAACUGAUGUUCUCAUUAGUGGACCAGUGGCCCAAAAUAGAGCUGUGAGUAUUGAAGGAGAUACUGUUGCUAUUGUAAUUGAUCCGCCAUCACUCUGGCCGCGAAUGAAAGGGUCAAGUGAAACACCGAGUAGUUCUCCAUCCAAGUGUGAUAGUUCUCAUGAAGUUCUUAUCCAUGCCCAAGAUUGUUCCAAGGGAAAAGGCAAAGUCGCCCUGGAUUGUGAUUAUACCUCUUCAUCUGAUGACAUCAUGUGUUACCACGAGUCGUCAAUGUUGAGAGUUAUGGGCGCCUUGAUUGUUGAAUCGAGCAGGGUUUCGACUAGUGAAGAAAUUUUUGUUCCGAGUGAUUUCAAGGACGGCAAGAAAAAGAAGCGCCGGUCAAGGAAAUCGAAGCUUACUCUCUCAGCUUGUAGUUCUGUGGGUGAAAUGUGCACGGAUGCAUCAACCUCAUCCAAUUUUAUGGUGUCAAAUGGGCAUCAUCAUAUGCCACGUGAGUGUAAUCCGUGUGAAGAAACUAUAGAUGAAUAUACUCACAAUCAGCAAUCACCUCCUCACGAGGUAAUGGCAUUUUCCAAUUCAGUUUCUGAGCCAGCUGUCAGCUUUGUGGCUGUUGAACCUGUUGAGACUGUGUUAAUUGCACGGCCGAUUGAUUAUUCAUCUCGCCGUACAUAUUUCCCUCCACAUCGAUCUGUGAAUUCUGUUAGGAAAGCACUUGAGAAAGGUGAGCUGGUGAGAGCAUUGUUUCGUGUCAAUGCACAUAACAGACUUGAGGCUUACUGCAAAAUUGAUGGAGUCCAAACUGAUGUUCUCAUUAGUGGACCAGUGGCCCAAAAUAGAGCCAUUGAAGGAGAUACUGUUGCUAUUGUAAUUGAUCCGCCAUCAAUGUGGCCGCGAAUGAAAGGAUCAAGUGAAACUCUGAGUAGUUCUCCAUCCAAGUGUGAUAGUUCUCAUGAAGUUCUUAUCCAUGCCCAAGAUUGUUCCAAGGGAAAAGGCAAAGUCGCUCUGGAUUGUGAUUACGCCUCUUCAUCUGAUGACAUCAUGUGUUAUCACGAGUCUUCAUCUGGUGGAGUCACAUCAGAUAACGGCCAUGCAAAUGCAGUGCUCGAUUAUAAUAAUAAUAAUAAUUAUUGUAAUAAUGGCUAUCAACAGAAUUUUGAGGACAGCCAUGGCUCGAUGAGUUUAUUGGCCAAGCUGUCCUCUUUAAUAAGUUUAUAUCCAUCGAAAAGACCGACAGGCAAAGUCGUGGCUAUAAUCGAAAAAUCCGCCAGGCGGGAAAAUGUCGUGGGCUUUCUGAGCAUUAAGCAGUGGCUUGCGAGUCGGGAGACCAGGAAAAAGAACUCGAGGAAGAACAACAAAUCCCAUACGGUGGAUCUCAACAGUGGAUUUCUUUUGCUGACCUCGACUGACCCGAGAUUUACUAAAAUGAUGGUGCCUGUGAGGAGCUUACCCGAGAGCCUAAAAAACCGUUUGGAAGCUGGCGACUUAUCAAUCGAGUCCGAUCUCGUGGCUGCAAAAAUAGUUGACUGGGCCGAAGAACGGUAUAUUCCGGACGCAUGUGUAACGCAGGUUUUCGGGAGGGGAAGUGAUGUCGAGGCGCAAAUAGCUGCCAUCUUAUUCGAAAACGAAAUCGAUUCAUCCGAGUUUUCUCCCGAGGUGCUCUCGUGCCUUCCUGGAAUCCCAUGGGAAGUUCCGAAGAAGGAAUUUGAAACUCGAAGGGAUUUAAGAAGCUUGUGCGUUUUCACUAUCGACCCUGCAAGCGCUACCGAUCUCGACGAUGCGUUGUCCGCGGAAAAGCUUCCGGAAGGAAUUUUCCGAGUUGGGGUCCAUAUAGCCGAUGCCUCGUAUUUCGUUCUUCCCGAUACAGCUCUGGACAUCGAUGCCCAGAUUCGGUCGACCAGCGUCUACUUGCUGAGGCGUAAAUUACCGAUGCUGCCCCCGGAGCUCUCGGAUAAUCUGGCUUCCCUUCAUCCAGGAGUGGACAGGCUAGCUUUUUCCAUCUUUUGGGACAUUAAUCGUUCGGGAGAAGUUUUGGAUCGUUGGAUUGGGCGCACGAUCAUAAGAUCGUGCUGCAAGCUCUCUUACGAGCACGCACAGGAUAUUAUCGACGGAUCUUUUAAUUUUCCGGCCGAUCACUGGCCGGAGUUGCACAGCCCGUUUCAGUGGCGAGAAGUGAUUACCUCUCUGAAGAGCCUUCACGACAUCUCAACUGUUCUGAGAGAAAACAGGUUUAAAAGUGGGGCCCUUUCGCUCGAGAGCCCGAAAGUAAUCUUCUUGUAUGAUGAAAAUGGGAUCCCAUAUGACAGUGUGGUCUCUGGUCGAACGGGCUCGAAUUUUCUUGUGGAGGAGUUAAUGCUGUUAGCUAAUAGGACAGCUGCAGAAGUUAUUACAAGGACUUACCCGUCUUCUGCUCUGUUGAGGAGGCACCCAGAGCCUAAUCCUAGGAAACUCAGAGAAUUCGAAACUUUUUGCAGUAAACACGGUUUGAAAUUGGAUAUAUCGUCAUCUGGGAGUUUUCACCGCUCGUUGGAGCUGAUUAGGGGAGAACUGAAGAAUGACUCGGUUUUUUUCGAUAUAUUGAUGUCUUAUGCUGCGAGGCCUAUGCAGCUGGCAACCUAUUUUUGCAGUGGAGAUUUGAAGGACACUAGCGAUUUCGGUCACUAUGCUCUUGCUGUGCCUUUAUACACGCACUUCACAUCUCCUUUACGUCGGUACCCUGACAUAGUGGUGCAUCGGACAUUGGCUGCGGCUUUGGAGGCUGAGGAUUUUUACUUGAAGAGGAAAAUAAUGGCGGGAAAUGAGGCUGAGAAGGUGAAUAGGUGUUUCAGUGGGGUUUACUUUGAGAAAGAUGAAAUCGAGUCUGUUGAAGCUCGAGAAGCUCUGUCUUUGGCGGCUGUGAAAUAUAGGGUGCCGGAGGCGGAGACCCUUGCUGAUGUGGCGACUCGUUGUAACGAGAGGAAGCUGGCCACGAGGCAUGUGAAGGAUGCGACUGACAAGCUUUACAUUUGGGUUCUGCUUAAAAACAAAGAGAUUCUAUAUUCGGAGGCCAGAGUUUUGGGCCUUGGACCAAAGUUUAUGUCUCUGUACAUCCCAAAGUUAGCUAUGGAGCGGCGUAUAUACUACGAUGACGUGGACGGCCUAACGGCCGAAUGGCUGGAUGCCACAUCAACCCUAUUGCUCAGCCAGUCAACCGCACAAAAACGGUCAACCAGAAAAAACAGCCCCGGAAAGUCUAGGUCAAUCGAGGAAAUUGCUCUGAUCGUCAGCCCAACUGAACUGAGCCCAGAAACAACAAAUUCAGGUGAAAAGUCUGGGCUGCAAAAUUUUGGGCCGGGCCAAGUGGAGAAUGAGCCCGCUUUUUUCCCUCUCACGGUUCAUCUCCUGUCUACCAUACCCAUUGCCCUGCAUGCCGUUGGAGGGGAUGAUGGGCCCAUUGAUAUUAUAGCUAGGUUGUACAUGUGUUCCUAUUUUCACUAACAGGAUCUGAAAAUUCGUGUGAGUUGGGCUGGGCCGGGUUUAUAUGAAAGGAAGUAUUUUUAAAAUGGUGGGCCUCGGCCCGUUUCCAGUAGUAUAUAAGCGUGUGGUCGGGAAGAAAGGGUCGGAUUUUUGUUUUUGGCUGCUUUCGUCCCGUAUAUAACUUGUGUCUCGACUUUUGGUUCGAUUUUUCGUGUUUGGACUUGAGAAAAUGUGCUGGGUGUGAUGUGAUGCUUGUUGAGACCUGUUUUGAUUGGGAUUAUAUAACGUUGGACCUUUGUGGAAGUGUUCAGGAUUUUUCUUGCGAUGGGAGAUAGUGAAUUGUAAUCACCAAUCAGAUUUGUCAUUUUUUGCAAUUUUUUUUUAAUAUUUGCUUGAUUUUAUGUCAUUUUCUGGUUGGUACAAGAACUGAUUAAGUGAAAUUUUGAGUACCAAAACCGAAAAUGAGAUGAAGUUAAGUAUCCCG